GGCAGUUGCUAACCCAGCAGUUUUCAGAGCAACUUCGCGGCCCGACAGGGCGGUGCAAGAUCCGAGGCUGAAGGGGCGGCUCCGCCCAUCCUGAAGCCCCCGGAGUCUUCGGGUCCAUCGAUAUGAAUCCCGUCGUCGUGGUCCACGGUGGCGGAGCCAGCAGUAUCUCCAAGGACCGCAAAGAGCGGGUGCACCAGGGAAUCAUCCAAGCCGCCACCGCGGGGUACAACAUCUUAAAGGAGGGAGGGAGCGCAGUUGACGCUGUGGAAGGAGCUGUGACCGUCCUGGAAAAUGAUCCCGAGUUCAACGCAGGUUGUGGCUCCGUCCUGAACGUCAAUGGUGAGGUUGAAAUGGAUGCCAGCAUCAUGAGCGGCAAAGACCUGUCUUCAGGAGCCGUGUCCGCCAUCCGGUGCAUCGCAAAUCCCAUCAAACUCGCGAGGCUUGUCAUGGAAAAGACACCUCACUGCUUCCUGACUGGCCAGGGUGCCGCAGAAUUCGCAGCCACCAUGGGGAUCCCAGCAGUUCCUGGGGAGCAGCUGGUAACAGAGAGAAACGUCAGGCACCUACAGAAAGAGAAGCAAGAGAAAGCUGCUCAGAAACCAUGCCAGCAAAUAAACUUGGGAACCGUGGGAGCCGUCGCCCUGGACUGCACAGGAAAUGUGGCUUACGCAACCUCGACGGGGGGCAUCGUGAAUAAAAUGGUCGGCCGCGUGGGAGACACGCCGUGUAUAGGGUCCGGAGGUUAUGCUGACAACGGCAUCGGAGCCGUUUCAACAACGGGGCAUGGGGAAAGCAUCCUGAAGGUGAACCUGGCCAGACUCACACUCUUCCACGUAGAGCAAGGAAAGACACUGGAAGAAGCUGCUGAUAUGUCACUGGGUUAUAUGAAGUCAAAGCUCAAAGGCUUGGGUGGUGUCAUCGUGGUCGGCAAAGCAGGGGACUGGGCAGUGAAGUGGACCUCCGAAGCCAUGCCCUGGGCGGCCGCCAAGGACGGCAAGGUGCACUCCGGCAUCGACGUCGGUGAGACCAGCAUCACCGACCUGCCCUGAGCCCCUGGAAGAUCAUUCACUGGCACCAGCCUGCAUGCAGGUCAAGUGCAGUUUCCUGGUGUGCAGAGUCAGCUUAACCAAUUAGAGCUAGAAAUAGAAAAAUUCCACAGUCUGUCACUCA